AUGGUUAAAAAUCCCCGUCUUAUUUUUUUGUUAGCCCUGGCUAUUACGUCUUUUAUUUAUGAAAUUCAAAGUGCAAAUAUUCUUGGACUAUUUCCGAGCCGUCCUUCACAUCUGAUGAUUUCUAUGCCAGCUGGCAAAGUUUUGGAGCCAACAGUGACCCACAAAAAUAUAAACCUGAUCCAGAUAACUCUCAGCAUAGGGGCAAAACAAAAUAAUACAAGUGGCAAACGGUUUACUUAUAGCAUAAGCAUGUUUGCUUAAAUGUUAAGAAAGAUGAUAGAUGCCCUGAAGGAUCAGAAAGAGGAUAUUUACUUGAACAACGGCAAUGAUUUUGACCUGCUAGUCUCGGGAUACUUUAUGAAUGACUACCAGUUGGGAAUCGCUAAGAAGGUGAAUGCACCUGUCAUUGUUCUGGCCCCUGGUCCACCCAAUCAGAUGCUAAACUUAUUGAUAGGAAAUCCCCAUGAUCCUGUAGAAAAGGAUAGGCACAUGUCCCUCCGACAGCGUUUGGAAAGCUUAAUGUCUUUCUAUGUAAUUUUCGUGCGACAAAUAGACAGGUUGAAUCCCAAGUUUUACAAGGAACUCUUUGCGGACGUCAACAUGCCGGAGUACUCGGCAAUCCUCAAGAACUUAUCACUGGUGUUCUUUUCUUCCCAUGGAGCCAGCCAAGGAUCCAUACAUCCCAAUCUUCCAGCAGCUUUUAAAAUUGGAGGGAUACAGAUACCGGAUGUGCUGCCUAAGGACCUGGAUGACUUUUUGGGAAAUGCCAAUAAUGAAGGUUCCAAUGUCCAGGAAAGCCAUAUCACUGAUACAGUGCAAAAGAUGUUCAACGUCCUUUCGAAACUGAAACAAAAGGUCAUUUGGAAAUGGGAGGAUCUGGAGAAAACUGCCGGAAAUUCGGAAAAUAUUCUCUAUUCCCGUUGGCUGUCCCAGGACGACAUCUUGGACAAUCUCAAGCUAUUCUCCAAUCAUGCCGGAAAAGGAGGAAUCACGAAAGCUCAGUAUCAUGGCAAACCUAUGCCUUCGUUACCAGUUUUUGGAGAUCAACCCGGUAACGCUUUUGGCAUGGUGAAGAAUGGUUUUGGCCUCACCCUUAGCUUGCUUACUCUGGAGGAGAAGCCCUUUGCGGAGGCCUAAGAGAUCCUAUCGAAUUCAGAGUACAGCCAGAAGGUGGCCAAGUUCUUCUCCCUGUAUCGAGAUCGCCCCGGGAUUUAG